GAGGAGAGUAAAUACAACAGGAGCGCAAAAUGGCGGACCCGCCGAGCCCAGUGGACGGCGCUGCUUCCGCCGCCGCAGCCGCUGUCGCCUCGGAGAAAGAACCGUUUGGCAAAUUGCAGCCCUCCUUCCGGGACCCACCGGGUCCUCUGUCGGCCAAGAAGGUCCGGACUGAGGAGAAGAAGGCGCCACGGAGACUGAACGGAGAGGGGGGCAGCGGCGGGAACAGCAGGCAGCUGCAGCCGCUGGCGGCACCUUCGCCUCAGAGCUAUGGCAGCCCCGCGUCUUGGAGCUUUCCCGGGCUGUCUGCUGUCCCCUCCUCGUCCUCUGCUCGGAGCAGCUUCUCUUUUUCCGCUGGCUCCGCGGUCCCUUCCUCAGCCUCCGCUUCCUCGUCUCAGCCGGUGCCGCGCAAACUGCUGGUCCCUCCUACGCUGCUGCACGCUCAGCCUCACCAUCUCUUGCUGCCGGCCGCCGCCUCCUCGGCCAACGCCAAGCCGCGGCGACCUAAGGAGAAGCGAGAGAAGGAAAGGAGGAGGCACGGCCUUGGCGGGGCAGGCGAGGCCGGCGGGGCCGCCCGGGAGGAGAACGGGGAGGUGAAGCCGCUGCCGCGAGAUAAAAUCAAAGACAAAAUUAAAGAGCGAGAUAAGGAAAAAGAGAGAGAGAAGAAAAAGCAUAAAGUAAUGAACGAGAUCAAGAAAGAAAAUGGAGAAGUAAAAAUUUUGCUGAAAACAGGUGGGAAGGAGAAACCAAAAACAAAUGCCGGAGACUUACAAAUUAAAAAAGUAAAGAAGAAAAAGAAAAAGAAACACAAAGAGAAUGAAAAACGGAAGCGUCCAAAAAUGUAUAGCAAAUCUAUUCAAACCAUCUGCUCAGGAUUGCUAUCUGAUGUUGAAGAUCAAGAAGCCAAAGGCAUCCUAAGUGAUAAUAUAAAGGAUUACAGUGGAAAGAGUUUGGAUAGCAAGAACUAUGAGUCCAAAAUUCCUGAGAAUAGUGAGUUUCCAUUUGUCUCAUUAAAGGAGCCACGGGUUCAGAAUAACCUGAAAAGGUUGGACACUUUGGAGUUCAGACAGCUCAUUCAUAUUGAGCACCAGCCUAAUGGAGGUGCAAGCGUUAUCCACGCCUACAGUAAUGAACUCUCCCACCUGUCUCCUGUGGAGAUGAAGAGGUUUGCAGAAGAGUUUGUGGAUCUAGUGUUCAGUGAAAAUGAAAACUCUGCAGCUUUCUAUGUAAUGGGUAUUGUUCAUGGGGCAGCUACUUAUUUACCUGACUUUUUAGACUACUUUUCAUUUAAUUUUCCCAAUUCGCCAGUGAAAAUGGAGAUAUUAGGAAAGAAGGAUAUAGAAACGACGACUAUGUCCAAUUUUCAUGCUCAGGUAAAAAGAACAUAUUCUCACGGUACUUACAGAGCUGGCCCAAUGCGACAGAUCAGCUUGGUGGGAGCAGUUGAUGAAGAAGUGGGAGAUUACUUCCCUGAGUUCCUUGACAUGUUGGAAGAUUCACCAUUUUUAAAAUGUACACUGCCAUGGGGGACACUAUCUAGUCUAAAAUUAGAGAGUCGAAAAGACAGUGAUGAUGGUCCCAUCAUGUGGGUACGCCCAGGAGAACAAAUGAUCCCUGUGGCUGAUAUGCCAAAGUCACCUUUCAAAAGGAAAAGAACUACCAAUGAAAUAAAAAACCUGCAGUACCUACCUCGAACCAGUGAGCCCCGUGAGAUGCUCUUUGAAGACAGGACAAGAGCCCAUGCAGAUCAUAUAGGACAAGGUUUUGAACGACAGACUACAGCUGCUGUUGGAGUGUUGAAGGCUGUGCACUGUGGAGAGUGGCCUACUCAACCCCGAAUAACCAAAGAUGUAAUUUGUUUUCAUGCUGAAGAUUUCUUAGAAGUAGUUCAACGAAUGCAGUUAGAUUUACAUGAACCUCCACUGUCCCAGUGCGUCCAGUGGGUUGAUGAUGCAAAACUUAAUCAACUGAGGAGGGAAGGCAUCCGCUAUGCCAGGAUUCAGCUGUAUGAUAAUGACAUUUAUUUUAUUCCAAGGAAUGUUGUUCAUCAGUUUAAGACAGUUUCAGCAGUGUGCAGUUUAGCAUGGCACGUUCGGCUCAAAUUAUAUCACUCAGAGGAGGAGACUGCUCAGAAUACAGCUACUCAUGAAACAGGCACAUCACCAGAUUCCACAUCAUCGGUUCUUGGACCUCACACGGACCACGUGGUUUGUGCUGUAAGCAAAACCUCCUUGGAUUCUAAUUUUUCAGACAGACUUCAUUCUAAAUCUGAAUUACAGCAGAUUAAACAUGAACCUAUUGCAUCUGUAAGAAUCAAGGAAGAACCUGUGAAUGUUUAUAUUCCUGAAAAGACUAGAGCGCCAAAUAAUAUGGAUGGCAAGAAUGUUAAAGCAAAAUUGGAUCAUGUUCAAUUUACAGAAUUUAAGAUUGACAAGGACUCUAAAUUUGAAAACAGAGAUUUAAAGGAAGAAUUGUGCCCUGGAAGUCUCAUAAGUCUAGUUGAUACGAGGCAACAUAGUUCAGCACAUUCAAAUCAAGAUAGAAAAGAUGAUGACAUUCUGUGCUAAAUUUGUACAUACCAUUUAAAAUUCUUUUUUUUUAAACUUAAUAAUGUAAUAAAGAUUCAUGAAUUCUGAAAGUAAGCCAAGUACUUGCUCCCAAGUCUGUUACAAAAUAGAGUUUAUGUAGUUUUGUAACAUUCCUCAGUGCCUGUCCAUAACUGUGAAGGAUCAAAGCACUUAGGGCCAGAUGCACUGUAAACAUAACAGGUUUAAACAAAAGGAGUCUUUAAGAAUCAUUUGAUUUGGAAUUGUAGAUUUUAGAAUAGAGCUGACAUUAACAUAUAUAUAUAUAUAUAUAUAU